AAAGUUGUGUAGGACUUAGUACUGUGUAUGAAGGUGUGUCAUGUAGGAGUUAAAAUAAAUGUUAACAUAAUAGUAGACAUUAUUGCGUGAUUUUAUUCUCGUCCUGUCAACUGACACAACGAAUGCCAAAAUUUUUAGCAUAGUACUAAUAAAUCUCAAGUCAAAAUAGUAUGUCCAAAAUCAAUGACAGACAAAGUUAUUCCCCAACAUAUAAAUUAGUUAUUGUUGGGGGUGGUGGUGUUGGAAAAUCGGCAAUUACUAUACAAUUUAUUCAAAGCUAUUUUGUAACCGAUUAUGAUCCAACGAUUGAAGAUUCUUACACAAAACAAUGCGUUAUCGAUGAUAUACCCGCUAAAUUGGACAUUUUGGAUACGGCUGGACAAGAAGAAUUUAGUGCAAUGCGUGAACAAUACAUGAGAUCUGGUGAAGGUUUUCUUUUAGUAUAUUCAGUGGCUGAUCAUUCAAGUUUUGAAGAAAUUUAUAAAUUUCAUAAACAAAUAUUACGAGUUAAGGAUCGCGAUGAAUUUCCAAUGCUAAUUGUGGGAAAUAAGGUGGAUUUGGAUCAUCAACGUGUCGUCUCCGUUGAAGAAGCACAAAAUAUGUCACGACAAUUAAAAAUACCAUACAUUGAAUGUAGUGCAAAAUUACGAAUGAAUGUUGAUCAAGCAUUUCAUGAAUUAGUACGAAUUGUACGAAAAUUUCAAUUAUCUGAACGACCUCUACUGAAACAGAAUCAAAAAGGUAAAUCAAAACGAAGAUGUUGUUUACUAUGAGAGAGCGUAGCGGCAGCGAGUUAAACCGACAGCAAAACCGAUUCAUUUUCAAAUAAAUCCCACAGUACACAUCAUAUAUACAUACAAUACAUAUAAAAUACAUAUAUAAUUACUACAGAGUGUAAGAGGCAGUGGUGGAUUUAAGAAAGAGGGCAAUUCUUUCUCGUUAUUCAAUCAGGGUAGUGAUUGACCUUGAAAAUCGGCAAAUGUCAGAGAAUUUUAAGAUUUUGUAAAAUUUAGUUUAGUCAUAGAAUUUCAAUAUCGUCAGGGAACAUUAUAAAACCACAUUCUUGAGUCUCUAGGAUUCACAUCUGUUUCUUCAUCAAUAUCUCGGAAUGUAUAUGAUGUCCUGACAUCAGUUAAAAUAGGGUAUGAUCGUUAGUCAAAAAUAAAUCAUGAAAUUUGAAAAAAGUUAAAAUUUUUGUAAAAAUAUACUUAAAUAUUCU